AUGGCAACUGCAAUGGAGCAUUUGAGUGCAGGAAGCCGCGUGGCUUGGUUGAGCGAUCUGGACACCGAGUUCAAGCCAUCGAAGAACUACAGAAGAACAAGCAUUAUCUGCACGAUCGGCCCUAAAACCAACAAUGUUGCUGCUCUUAACAAGUUGAGAACUGCUGGUCUGAACGUCGCACGAAUGAAUUUCUCACAUGGAAGUUACGAGUACCAUCAAUCGGUCAUUGACAACGUACGCGAGGCCGAGAAGGUCCAGAAGGGACGUCAAGUAGCUAUUGCGCUGGACACUAAGGGACCUGAGAUCAGAACCGGUAACACUGCUGGUGAUAUUGAUAUCCCAAUUGCUGCCGGAACCGAGAUCAACAUCACAACCGACGAGAAAUACAUUACUGCAUGUGAUGACAAGAACAUGUACGUCGACUACAAGAACAUCACCAAGGUCAUCGAGCCAGGACGUAUCAUCUAUGUCGACGACGGAGUCCUUGCCUUCGAUGUUUUGUCAAUUGUUGACGAGAAGACCAUCCGUGCCCGUGCUCGCAACAAUGGCAAGAUCUCUUCCAAGAAGGGUGUCAAUCUCCCCAACACCGAUGUCGAUCUGCCAGCUUUGUCCGAGAAGGAUCAAGCCGAUCUCAAAUUUGGUGUCAAGAACAACGUCGACAUGGUCUUCGCCUCAUUUAUCCGCCGUGGUGAGGAUAUCAAGUCCAUCCGCAAGGUCCUCGGCGAGGAGGGAAAGCACAUCCAGAUCAUCGCCAAGAUCGAGAACAGACAAGGUCUCAACAACUUUGCCGAGAUUCUCAAGGAGACCGAUGGCGUCAUGGUUGCCCGUGGAGAUUUGGGUAUCGAGAUCCCAGCAGCUGAGGUGUUUGCUGCCCAGAAGAAGAUGAUUGCUAUGUGCAAUAUGGCUGGCAAGCCAGUUAUCUGCGCCACUCAGAUGCUCGAAUCCAUGAUCUACAACCCUCGCCCAACCCGUGCUGAGAUCAGUGAUGUCGGCAACGCCGUCACCGAUGGAGCCGACUGUGUCAUGUUGUCUGGUGAGACUGCCAAGGGCAGUUACCCCAACGAGGCUGUCAGCGAGAUGCACGAGACUUGCUUGAAAGCCGAGAAUACAAUCGCGUAUGUCUCGCACUUCGAGGAACUCUGCAACCUUGUCAAGCGCCCAGUCAGCAUCGUCGAGUCUUGCGCCAUGGCUGCUGUCCGUGCCAGUUUGGACAUGAAUGCCGGCGCUAUCAUUGUUCUCUCCACCAGCGGAGACAGUGCCCGACUCCUCUCCAAGUACCGCCCAGUCUGCCCAAUCUUCAUGGUCACCCGUAACGCCAGCGCUUCCCGAUAUGGUCACUUGUACCGUGGAGUCUACCCAUUCUACUUCCCAGAGGAGAAGCCGGACUUCACCAAGGUCAACUGGCAAGAGGAUGUUGACCGCAGAAUCAGAUGGGGUAUCGCCGAGGCUUUGAAGCUCAAGGUUCUCAACCAGGGUGAGACUGUCGUUGUCGUCCAAGGAUGGAAGGGAGGCAUGGGCAACACCAACACUCUCCGUGUUAUCAAGGCAGAGCCAGCCGAUCUCGGUCUUGCUGUCCAGUAA